AAGGUCAAGGUCAUAAUUGUGAUUGUUUACGAAAGUGAUUUUAAAGGUUGGUGAUUAGAAUUCUUGUUCUGUCUGUGAAACAGCAACAACCUUUUGAAUAUUAUUCAAUAAUUCAGUCUUGGCAACAUUGUGCGUUCAGUUACCAGCAUGGAAAGUCGUGUUCAGGACCACUAACUUGAUCGUGGUGUUGUGUGCUUUUUUUUCAGACGCGAUUUUUUUCAAGUUUGUUGGUAUACGUAGUGUGUUUAGUGUCUAUUUUAUUUUCGGAAAGUCAUGCAAGGGUGGCACGUGAUUAGAAUGAUGCGAAUCGAUUUAUUAAUUAUUUAUAAAUAAUUUCGAGAUGGUGUACCUGCGUACGCUUCAAAAUUUCGCUUUUCAAAGUGCGUUGCGACGUUUCGUAUUUUGGUCCGGCGAUUUUCAUGUUUCGAAAAAUCGAAGCAAAGAAACUGGAAUUAUUAACAUCUGGGCUAAGUCCGAGUUUAACGAACCUAUUAUAAUAUAUUUAAAGCCCAUGUCAAAUCUGCUAAGGUCCUUCACACAUGCAAAAAAUCCAGUUUUUUCGACCAUAAGAAAAAUGUCUAAUUCAGGUGGUGCCUCUGGUUCAAAGGUUAACGCCAAUCGCCUUAAUAAUGAAAGGUCUCCUUAUUUGCUUCAACAUGCCAACAAUCCUGUUGACUGGUAUCCUUGGGGUGAGGAGGCUUUUGAGAAAGCAAGGAAAGAGAAUAAAUUAAUAUUCUUAUCAGUUGGAUAUUCUACAUGCCACUGGUGCCAUGUAAUGGAAAAGGAAUCUUUUGAGAACGAAUCAGUUGCCGAAAUAAUGAAUAAACACUUUGUAAAUGUAAAGGUCGACAGAGAAGAGCGUCCCGAUGUGGAUAGGAUGUACAUGGCCUUUGUUCAGGCAACAACGGGCGGUGGGGGGUGGCCAAUGUCAGUUUUUUUAACGCCCGAUCUAGAACCACUGGCCGGAGGAACUUACUUCCCUCCGGAGGAUAUGUUUGGGAGACCAGGCUUUAAAACCGUACUGAAAAAUAUCGCUGAUCAAUGGAAAAGUAGGCAGUCUAUGAUAAAACAGUCAGGCAAACACACGGUGGAAGUUUUAAAGAAAGUUUACGAACGUGACCAGGUGUCGUCGUUGAAACUGAACGUACCCUCGAUCGAUAAUUGCGACAGGUGUUUGGCGCAAUUGAUUCGGAAUUAUGACGACGAGUACGGCGGUUUUUCCGUCGCUCCAAAGUUUCCGCAGCCCUCGAACUUCAACUUCCUCUUUCACAUGUACUCAAAAAACAAGGACAGCGAAAAGGGAAAGACUAGCUUGGAAAUGGCUUUGCAGACUUUACAAAAGAUGGCGUAUGGUGGAAUUCACGAUCACGUCAACUGUGGUUUUGCAAGGUAUUCGGUGGACAGGAAGUGGCACGUGCCUCAUUUUGAAAAGAUGCUUUACGAUCAGGGUCAACUUGUUGUCUCGUACUGUGAUGCCUAUGUGGUCACAAAGGACGAAUUUUAUGCAGACGUUGUUAGGGACAUCCUCACGUAUGUAUCGAGAGAUCUGAGCCAUCCUCUGGGAGGAUUUUAUGGUGCCGAGGACGCCGACUCCUAUCCCCAUGCGGAGGCCAAACACAAACAAGAAGGUGCUUUUUGUGUUUGGAAAUAUUCAGAAAUUGAAACUCUAAUUGAAGACGCGUCGGAACGUGAAUUAUUCUGUUACCAUUAUAACGUGAAGCCUGGUGGUAACGUGGAUCCGGCUCAAGAUCCUCACAAGGAACUUAAGGGGAAAAACGUUUUGGCAUGUUUUGGCUCAUAUGAAGAAACGUCUGAGAAGUUUGGAAUGACAAUUGAUCAAGUAAAAGAAGUUUUGGGCAGAUGUCACAAGGUGUUGUACGAGGUUCGACAGACAAAGCCGAAACCUCACGUAGACACGAAAAUAGUGACCUCAUGGAAUGGGCUCAUGAUGUCCGGAUACGCGAAAGCUGGAUUUGCUUUGAAGGACCAGACAUUUACAAACCGUGCGAUUUUGGCCGCCAAUUUCAUAAGGAAAUAUCUCUUCGAUGAAGAGCAGAAGAGGUUGCUGAGGUGUUGUUAUGGAGUAGAUGGUCGCGUAGUACAAAUUUCUGCCCCUAUAAAUGGCUUCUUAGACGAUUAUGCCUUCUUUAUAAGGGGGUUGCUGGACUUGUACGAAGCGUCACUGGACACAGACUGGUUACAAUGGGCCGAAAUGUUGCAGGAAUCACAAGACAGACAGUUUUGGGAUCCUAACGGUUCUGGAUACUAUACAAGCCCUGAAGGAGAUACCUCUAUUCUUAUUCGAGGAAAAGAAG